UUUUUCAUCGGUAUAGAUAUAAACAAAACAAAUCAAGAACUCCUUCGGUAAAAUUUAAGUUGUUUAUUUUAUUUUAUUGUAUAUAUCCGGAGUCCGGAGUAAGCCAAAAAAGUAUCCAUUCUCUAACGAAUAGAUAGUUAUUACACAAAAGAAAAGAUGCGACGCCGAGAACUCCAAACUAUUCAACUAAAGCUAUCCGAGCUGAAGGAGUAUGAACAAGCGAAGCUGGAGCGGAUCAAGACGCGCCAGCAGGUGGUGACGCCGCGCACGCCAACCCCCCCCUCGGACAACGAGGUUUUGGCGAUGCCCUCAAGCAGCGUUCCAUCAAUACUCCUGGCUAGUGGCGCUACUGAAACCGAGGAAGGUGCUUGUUCCACGACCAAGCCCACCUCGUCUAUGUAACUCGCCCUGCAAUCGAAGGCCUGCCAUUCCUGACUUCGCUCAUGGUAUUCAAACGCCUUGGACAAUGACUAUGACUUUGACCGCAUCGUCACAAUCUCUCGAUCGCUCAACUACCAAAUAUGUACAAGUAGAUGUAUCAUUUUAUUUAACAGAAUCGGGUUCUUCGAGGCUCACGGAAUUUCGAACGACUGUCCCUUAGUUAGUCAGUCUGUAGUUAUUAAGCACUCGUUUAAUUUCUUUACUAUAACAAACCCCAAACUGUUCGAUGUAAGCAAUCACGCAAGAAUAAAUCGUAGACUAUGAAGAAAUUUCACGACGA